AUGGCGGCACCAUCCGAGAAGUCUGAUGAGCCGACCCGGCCAUCCACAAGCGACAACAGCAACGCCGAUGACGAUGUCAAUAUCGGUCGACAUGACCACGGCAUCGAGCCCCAGCGCUCCCGCGUCGAGUCCAUCUGGGCCGUUGAGCACAUCUCGUUCCCGCGGGAGGUGAUGCUAGUCUUCGUAUGCUGCAUGGCCCAAUUCUGCACCCAGGCCGCAUACAUGGAGACCCUCAUGCUGCUCCACGUGAUCGGCAGCACCUUCAACGUCACCGACCAGGGCCAGCUCGCCUGGCUCGUGGCCGGCUACUCGCUCACCGUCGGCACCUUCAUUCUCUUCUCGGGCCGCCUGGGCGACGCCUUCGGCUACAAGCGCAUGCUGCUCAUCGGCUACGCCUGGUUCAGCGUCUGGUCUGUCGUCGCGGGGCUGAGUGCCUACUCGAACUUCGUGCUGGCCGUCUUUGCGCGCGUGCUGCAGGGUAUUGGCCCGGCCAUCUGUCUGCCGAAUGCUCUGGCUAUCUUCGGCGCCGUGUACCCCCCGGGCCACCGCAAGGCCAUGGUGUUUGCGUUCUUCGGCGCCGUCGCGCCGAUGGGCGGUGUGGUCGGUGCGGCGGUUGGCGCUGGCAUCGCCUUGAGCUGGUGGCCGUGGGCGCUAUGGGCCUUCAGCAUCUGGCUGGUCGUAUUGGCUGUGAUGGGUUUCUUCGUCAUCCCUGAGCUGCCGCGGAAGGAUGAGGUCUUCGGUGAGGGGUGGACGUGGAAGGGAUUGAGCGACGAGCUGGACUUGCCGGGCGCAUUCAUAGGGAUCGUGGCCCUGGUGCUGUUCAACUUUGCGUGGAACCAGGCGCCCAUUGCCGGCUGGGCCACCGCUGAGGUUCUUGUGCCGUUGGUACUGGGUCUUGUGCUCUUCGGCGUGUUCGCCUUGUUCGAACUCAAGGUCGCUUCCAAGCCGUUACUACCGUUCGACGCAAUCAACGCCGAUGUUGCAUUCGUGCUCGCAGCCGUGGCCUGUGGCUGGGCUACUUUUGGAAUCUGGACACUGUAUCUGGUUCAGGUCUUGCAGGAAAUCCGCCACCUCUCGCCACUGCUCACAAUCGCCUGGUUUUCCCCCGUCGUCAUCUGUGGAGGUCUCGCCGCUGUCAUCACCGGCAAGCUUCUUGGUCCAUUGAGCUUCCGACCGCCAACCGUCAUGGCCAUGGCCCUCGCUGCUUUCACCACCGGCAUCUGCCUCACGGCCACGGCGCCAACUGACCAGAUCUACUGGGGCCAGAUCUUUGUGAGUAUGAUAGUCAUGCCCUUUGGCAUGGACAUGAGCUUUCCGGCUGCUACCCUGAUUCUGUCCAAUGCCGUGAAGAAGGAAAAUCAGGGCAUUGGUGCUAGUCUGGUCAACACUGUCGUCAACUAUGGCAUCGCCCUCGGCGUUGGCUUCUCUGGCACGGUGGAAACCCACGUCAGUCAUGGAGAUAAACUUGCUGGGUACAGAGGAGCCUUGUACAUGGGAAUCGGGCUUGCUGGACUCGGCCUGGGAAUUUGCGUCGUCUUCUUAGCAAGACAGCAUCGUAUGGACGGAAAGCGGGGGGAUGAGAAGGUUGAAGAUGAAUAG